AUGAGUGGUAAGUCAAGAGAUUGGAAAGAAAUUGUCCGCAAUUACUUCUUUCUAUCAAAACUUGCCAACCGAAAGAAGAUUCUCGACCAGAAAUUUGAGUGGACAGCCUUUGAAGAGUUCAGGGCAAAACGGAACGAGUUUUGUCACGAUCAAAAUAUUGCGAGAGCAGAAAGAUGGACUGUGCGGAUUAUCAUAGUCAGCAGUGUUGUUGUGACCGCGGCCUUCACGUUGGGUGUCGGCAUCCCGUUCAUCUUGCUCGUCCCCAAAUACGUAAAGAGUCUCGCCAAGCUGCGAGAAAAUGAAGAACAGAAGGAGAGAGAUCAGAUGAAGAAAGAGUUCCCAGAAAUAGCGCAGGCCCCUUUGGAAGGUAUGGCAAGACCUUGCUGUGGGACAAGAAGGUCAAGAUUUGGACGGUCAUGA